ACGAGGAUAAUACUUUUCGAUCAAGACACGAGAAGCCUUCUUGACAGUCUUAGUUCUAACGCGACCCUAUAAAUUGAAAAAAAAAAACCAUCAUUAUCAACAAUGUCCCCAAUCUAUCAUUUUUCCUUUCCAUCCAUCCAUCCAUCCAUCCAUCCAUCCAUCCAUCCAUCUAUUCAUCCAUCCAUCCGUUCAUCGAUUCAAAUAUGUUCAAUAAAUUUGUAUCCUUUUUUUGUUCUCUAUCGUUCGUUGAUAUAUAUAUUUUUUUUUCAAUUUCAUUUGUCGUACGUACCAUUGUUGAAGUAAAAUGAAAGAGGGUUUGUCAAUGUUUCCAAAAACAGACUCCCUUUGACUUCGCACCCCC